AUGGCAAACACAAACACGAACACGAACCUAACCCGCCGCUUCCUCAUCGAACUCAACGGCCAAUUCGUCAGCACGUUAUCUGAAACCGAAACCGCUAAUCUCGCGGCCAAGCGGGAGGAAAAGAGCCAAGCAACCAUGGGAGACCGCGACCAAGCUGCAAUCUUCACGCUACAGAAUGGGCUCUUGCUCUGUAGCUCCGGUGUGACGUUGCUCGUUCUCGGCCGUUUGAUGGAUGAGGAAGAGAAGUUUGAGGCUAUGCCUAUGUACUGGGCGAGUCAGUUUGAGAUGGUGAAGGCGGUGCAGUAUACGGGGGAGGGUGAUGGGGUUGAGCUUGAGAGUUUUGAGUUCCCGCUUGGGGCGCUGCUGGAUGAGGAUGGUGAGACGAGGUUGUAUGCGUGUCCUCCUACCAUGAUCAUUGGUGAGUAA